AUGGCUCAAUUGGACUUAACUGUAGCAGACAAUCCUAUUUCAGAAACUGGUGAACUAAUCGAUACCGUACCGAUAGAGAAGUUUCAAAAUGCCACACUGGCACCAUUUUGGUCUCUGAAGGGCUUACGUGCUCGAUGGGCUGAUCCUCUUUUUCGUAAAAUGUUACGAAAUAUCCUUUUAUUAGCAUGGUCAUGGAGUCUCGGUGAAGGUGCAUUUUUCAUUCAAAUCAGUACUACAACAUUAGCAGCUACAAGCUUCGUAAAUUGGCAUCUAGCGACCAUACCUAUUGGUUGUAUGCUUUUUAUUGGUACUAUAUGGUCUGUGCUUUUACCACUAGCCAUUGAUCGUUUCGGAUAUCGACCACCGCUCUAUAUCGGUGCGUUAAUGGGCAUGACGGGAGCUGCUUUUUGUAUGGUUGCAGCGUGGUAUAAACUCUAUUGGUUAUUAGUAGUCGGAGCCAGUUUUCUUGGUGGACAGGUGCCAUGUACUUUGUACUAUCGUCUGCUUGCAUUACAAUUUUCGACGCAGGAAUUUGCACCAAAAGCGAUUGCAAUGGUCAUCGCCGGUGGUUGUCUGUCCUCGGUUCUUGGGCCAGAAAUAGCCAAACAUACGGUGAAUGCAUUACCAAAGCCAUACAGCGGUGCUUAUUUAACAACAUUAUGUGAAUGUACUUUACUUUUGCUCACUAUGACAAUGAUUCAAUUUCAAGACAUUAAAAAAAAAGAUUAUGCAGUAGUAUCCACUUCGCCAUCAGAGAUGGCCAGUGGUAGUAAUAGUAAAACAAAUCGCUCCGUAUUUGCUAUAGCCAGUCAACGAAUAUUUUUGAUUGCUGCUCUUGGUGGAUUUGUUUCAUGGUCAGCCAUGGCUGUUCAGAUGUCUGCUACUCCAUUAGCGAUGACAGGUGCUGGACACAGUUUCGCUCAGGCAACAACAGCCGUUGAAUAUCAUCUAUUAGGAAUGUUUGUACCCUCGUUUUUCACAGGUACCCUAUGUAAUUGGUUUGGAAGUCGACUCGUCAUGUUGACUGGUUUUCUGGUGCAAUUGACAGGAGCACUUCUAUUUCAACGUGGGCAUAAAGAUAUACGAACGCCAUUGUCAGUUGACGAUACAGAUACAGAAAUUCCAGCAUAA